CUCAUGGAUGAAGGAAAAUCAACAUUGGGCGAAUUCCCUACUGACUCCCUCUCCAGUGUUUUGGCUAAAGUUUUCUACAUGUCUUCUUGACUUUAUUCACUACAAUGUUCAGCAAAGCUGAUGGCUCAAAGAAGGGUGAGCUUCUUGAAAAGGCUAAAGCUUCCAGGAACGAAAGAGCAUUCCAAAAACAACGGGAGCAAGCAGUCAUCAAAAUACAGGCACUUGUACAAGGAUUUCUAUCCAGAAGGCGGCACAGACGAUGCAUGCUCAGCAUUCUAGAUUCUCUGCUAGAAUCUUAUAGUGCAGGAAAUAAUGUCUCAUCUCCACAAUCCCCACAGUCUCCAAACAACAACAAACACCAUUUUAAGCCAGCUCGAAAUGUCUUCCAGGCAGUCCAUAAAUUCCUCAUGGUGUACAGAGAUGAUAUGGAUAAACAGAGAUUGGAGAACCUUUGUCGCUACAUACUGGCGGGAAUGGACAAAGAAGGAGAUCCUAAGGUUUGGUAUGUGUCACUAGCACUAUCUAAGGAACAUGUUUUGGCCUGGAUUACUCAACUGAAGACUUUAUUGGAUCUGUGCUGUAAAUACCUCAAACAACUCAAGCCUGAAUCCCCAGUUGAUGCUAAGGUCAUAACCCUCUACUUACACAUGAUGGUGACAUUCACCGACUGUUCAACAUGGAAGAUCCUCAAAGUACAAGGAGCGGAAGCUUUGAAACCCAGUCUGAACCAGCUUUGUGCUAAUGUAAUGGGUCAUCUGAACAGCAAGGGAUUGUUCCCUGCACUGCAGCAGUUACUGGUCCAGGGCCUAGCCAGGAAGAAGCCCUCAUUAACCCAUGCUAUGCUCUCAGCUCUGUUCACUGUCGCAUUACGGCCGUUGAUUGCCAGUAAAUUCUCGGAUAACCUGACAAGUCUUUUCCAUCUCUACAUUCUAUCAGUACCAGCUCUUAUUCUACACCUCACUACUAUCGCUCCAGAGUGUCUGGCCUCCGUAAAGACACACAAUUUCUUCAAACAGUGCCUGGACUUUCUUGCCAAAGAGCAGAAUAUGAGGAUAAUCUUUAACACACUGGAAGGAAACUAUGCACUGUGCUUAAUGGCAAAUCUUAUACACAUGGGUCAGCUUGAACAGCAGAUUCUCUCAAGCAAUGUGCAAGUUUUUACACGAGUGACCGUCUCCCUCCUGACCCAUUGUCAAGGUUACGUCGGCAAGAAGAAAUCUCACACGACUCAGUGGCACCCCGUCCUCGGCUGGUUCUCACAACCCACCGACCAUAGAUUACACGAAGCAAUGAACUUCGUUGUAAGGCAGUUAAAUCUGUUGUGGGGCCAGCAGAUUCUACAGGCAGUGUUUCUUGAUGUGUUGAAGGCGGCUCCUGACCAAGAACCAACAGCAAAGUCACCGACAUCGUCAGGAAAGGGGCAUUCUAAAGGAGGUAGUUUCUUGAAGCGCUUGCAAAGAACCACCUCCAAGCUCGGCACACAGAAGGGAGGGAAGAGCUUACAGGCACCAGAGGUUGUAGCUGUGUGUAAUGUGUGUGAUAUGUAUCAAACAGCCAUCGCUACACUCACGGAACUCAGACGUGAUAUACUCACAGGUCUGAGCUAUCGAGAUCUCCUUCUGCCUAGACUGUGGCGAUUCAUCGCUGAAUUAGGACCCCAGGGAGGUCUGAAGCUGUUCCUAGAGUGUUUAUCGUCCUCCAUGGAAUCCCAUAAUAUUCUCUCAGUACUGGUGCUCUUUUGUGAUGUUGCCACCUACUUAAUACCAAUCUUGGAUGAUGUUGAAUUUUACGACCAGCAGACUCCAUUCCAUAAAGAGGACCUUAUUGCAGUCACAGCAUUCCUUAAUACCUUUGUCUUCAAGAUGAUCUGGGAGCAUGGCAUUGAUGGUACAGUGAAGAAAGCCAACCUGUUUAGCUCCACACAUUCUCUACUAAGUCUACUAUAUGACAGAGACUGCAGGCGCCAGUUCGCUUCGGCUAACCACUGGUUAGUCAAGGACCUAAAACUGACCACUUUCAGAGCGGAGCUUGAGAAGGGGAGUAAACGAACGACGCUAAUAUUGCAACGGAUUCCUCACGUCAUCCCACACAGAGAGAGAGUAAUGCUAUUCCGCAAACGAGUAGCUGAAGAGAAGAAAGCCCUUGGCUUCACAGAGACAGCGAGUUACUCCCCACACUCGACGCUCAUAACAGUACACAGGACAAGGCUAGUAGAAGAUGGGUACCAACAGUUAGCUGGUCUCCAACCCCAGACUCUGAAAGGUCUUAUCCGGGUCAGGUUUAUUAACAUGCAGGGCUUAGACGAAGCAGGCAUAGAUCAAGAUGGAGUCUUUAAGGAAUUCUUGGAAGAAAUUAUAAGAACGGUCUUUAACCCAACGCUCAAUUUAUUCAAGACUACCAGUGAGCAGCGAUUGUACCCAAGCCCGACAUCCUUCAUCAAUGAGAACCAUCUAGGUCUUUUUGAGUUUGUCGGAAAGAUGCUCGCCAAAGCUGUGUACGAGAGCAUUGUGGUUGAAGUUCCUUUCGCAACCUUCUUCUUGAGUCAGAUGUUAGAGCAGCAGCAUAAUCAGCUCUAUAGCCCCAUUGAUGAGCUUCCCUCAAUGGAUCCUGAACUCUACAAGAAUCUCACCUAUGUCAAGCACUAUGAGGGCGACAUUUCUGACCUUGAUCUCGUCUUCUCCUAUGAUGAGGAUGUCAUGGGUAAGAUCCACACUCAUGAACUGGUACCUGGUGGCAAGGCAAUGGCAGUUACCAAUGAGAACAAAAUCAGCUACAUCCACCUAAUGGCCCACUACAGGCUGUACCAGCAGAUCCGGGACCAGACUAAGGCAUUUAAGCGCGGUUUCAGAUCCAUAAUAAACCCCGAGUGGUUAUCGUGGUUCUCUGGUCCAGAGCUACAGAGAUUGAUAUCUGGAGAUAAUACUGAGAUUGACUUUACAGACCUCAGGAAACAUACACAGUACUAUGGAGGGUUUCAUAACUCCCAUCGGGUGGUCAAUUGGUUGUUUGAUGUUCUGGAGCAUGACUUAACGUCAGCAGAGAGGGCACUCUUCCUCAAGUUUGUAACAAGUUGUUCCAAGCCGCCAUUGCUAGGUUUUGCCCAUCUAGAGCCACCCUUCUCAAUACGAUGUGUGGAAGUCAGUGAUGAUCAGGAUACCGGUGAUACUGUCGGUAGUGUCCUCCGUGGCUUCUUGCGUAUCCAGAAGAGAGAUCCUGUCGGUCGGUUACCAACCUCCUCCACCUGCUUUAAUUUGCUCAAGCUACCCAACUACCAGAAGAAGGGCACUCUUAAAGAGAAGCUUCGUUAUGCAAUCUCAAGCAACACUGGCUUUGAGUUGUCUUAAGGGGCCAUAUAUAUAUAUAUACACAUGUAUAGUUGAUGCUACUCGGGCUGAAUAUCGGCUUGAGACGUUGUGACCACAGGUUUUUGCCAUGUCAACAAUUUGUUUGUGCCAUACAGUCAGAUCUUGGCUCGGGGGUUACUAAAAGAUGCUAAUUAAAUGCUAUCUUUUCAAUGUAGGCCUAUUAGAUUUGGAUCUCGGUUUCACUUUUGACUUUUUGUCAGCAGUGACAAAUGGAGUGGGUUGUUCAUUAUCAAGCAUGUCAAGUGUUAUGGUGUAGACUGAAAUAGGUUCUGGGGGUAAAUUGGGGAAGGGGGCAAAAAGGGGGGGGUGUAUUAAUUUCCCCCAUACCCCCCUGUAGCUCUGUCGCUGUUUAGAUUGCAAUACACUUCUGUGUAGAAAUUAUCACAAAUGUUUUUCCAUCUUUAGCUACACUCUCCUAGAACACAUUGUCCUUGCCAUUAUGGGGGACGUUUUUUUGUGACACCUUAAAAGAAAGUUGUGCAAUAUUUGAAAAUAAUUUGGAUGCAGAUAUGUGUAUAUAUAAUUUUUUUAUUGUAAGUAAUUUGUUUCAGAACACCUCAAUGUAUUAUGCACAAUAUGUCGAUCUAAAUAGAAAUCAAUCAUGAUAACUGUAAUUAUAGUUCAUUUCAUAACUGAUCUGAGUUAUGUUUAAGUCACAAAUCACAGCGAUUAUAAAUCACAAAAUUAUAUAAUGGAACCAAUGUCCAGGUCUUGGUCGAAUUCGAGUAAUGCUUAACGAAAACCGGGCUUUCCUUUUAGUGAUGUGAUCAAGCAAAAUGAGUCGUUUGUCGACCAAGUUAAUUUUUCUUUUCUUAUUUACUUGAAAAGAGCAUAAUCUAUGCUUUAAUACUGUAGAACUCCAUGUUGAAACCACCUUUGGUUCAAAAGUUGUGAAAGUAGAAAAAACCCAGAGAGAAUGAAACUAAGAUGAAGAUGUUUAAAGUCUAGUUGUUUAUUGAAAAACAUCGGCAUAUAUUUUUUAAUGC